GAAUGGACCCUGUAGUGCGUCAGGUGGGGCAGCACAUAGAGAUGGAGCCAGAAUGGGAGGCAGCGUUCACCUUACAGAUGAAGCUCACACAUAUCAUCUCUAUGAUGCAGGAAUGGUGUGCCAGUGAUGAGCGAGUGCUGAUCGAAGCCUAUAAGAAGUGCCUGAGUGCGCUGACUCACUGCCACAGUGGUUUCACAGAUGGGGAGCAGCCCAUAACCCUCAGCAUGUGCGGCCACUCCGUCGACACCAUCCGCUACUGCGUUUCUCAGGAGAAAGUCAGCAUACACCUGCCUGUGUCCCGGCUUUUAGCAGGUUUACAUGCUCUGCUGAGCACAACUGAGGUUGCCUAUCGAUUUCCUGAGCAGCUGCCACUGAGUGAACUGAGUCCACCCAUGUUGAUCGAGCAUCCGCUUCGCUGCCUUGUACUCUGUGCCCAGGUGCAUGCUGGAAUGUGGAGAAGAAAUGGCUUUUCUUUGGUCAAUCAAAUCUAUUAUUAUCACAAUGUGAAGUGUAGAGUGGAGAUGUUCGAUAAAGACCUCAGCAUGCUUCAGGUCAGUAGU